AUGCAAUUCAAGGCCCUUACCCUCCUCAGCCUCAGCGCUCUCGCCAUCGCAGCACCAGUCGAGACCUCCUUCGAGGAAGCCAACCCCUUGAUGGCUCGCACAGGCUCAACCAUCUGCUGUCCAAAGGGCAAGAAGUCUGGCUGCAUUACUCUUGCUCCUGGCAAGGCUCCACCAGCCAACACAGACGUCUACAAGGAUUGUGCAAACAUUCUGAACAUCGGGCUUGUCAAUGUGAGUUCCUCGCUUCCGAGUCGCCUCAUGUCCGCCACCACAAGAUUGGCGUAG